UAACAGCUGAAAUGUUGAAACAUGAUGGUCUACUUCCUCCCAGACAGCGCGUCAGGGACACAUCUGAACCAACUGGUUUUGGUUUGUUGUCUUUUGAGCAUGACGGACGCAAGAUCGGCUUUAUCAGAGCAGGACAUUCAAAAGAAAAUAGAGGAAACAAGAAAACGAUUCCGUAUCGAAUAUGCACAAGACUCAUCAGACAAGUAUGACCCCAGGGACGUGGACAGGUUAUGGAAGGAUGAUGUUUUGGUUGACGGUUAUCUGGAGUGGCGCCACUUUGUGGUGGAGGACACCUUGAAGAUGAUCGAUGAGAGUCUUAAGUGGAGAAAAGAAUUCAAACUGAAUGACAUCAACGAAAGCUCUGUGCAAAAGUCUCUAUUUGAGUCUGGCAUGCAUUAUCUCCAUGGCUAUGAUAAAGAGGGCAACAAACUGUUCUGGUUCAGGGUUAAGCUGCACAUGAAGGAUGUGAAGAUGUUGACGGAGAAGAAAAGGUACGUGGCAUUCUGGUUGGAGAGCUACACCCGGCGGGAACCAGGGAUUCCCCUCACCGUGAUCUUUGACAUGUCCGAAGCGGGUCUAAGCUGCGUUGACAUGGAUUUGAUCAAAUAUAUAAUCAAUUGCUUCCAAGUGUAUUACCCUAGAUUGCUUUCCAAAAUGCUCAUGUACGAGAUGCCAUGGAUCAUGAAUGCGGCAUUGAAAAUAGUGAAGGACAUGCUCAGUCAAGACGCCAUCGACAAGCUGAAGUUUGUGUCCAAGAGUGACAUCCAGAUCUAUGUUGAUGAGGAGCACCUCGCGUUCUACAUGGGAGGAACUGACCCAUUCAAAUUCAGUUACCCACCGUUGCCUGAUGACGUCUUCCAGAACCCCAUAUCAGAGACUGGACAAGAGGAUGACACUGAGUCAAAGGAUGAUGACCUGGAGGCCAAGGACACCCUGGAGCCGAGCUCUCCUACACUCAGAACCAGAAAUGUAUACUUGGCACAGGAUGGGGACAAUGAGGGCUCCAUCAGAUGGAAAGGAUCCCGUAGGCCAACCGUCACUUUCAAAGGCACCUUACUCUAUAUCAGUCCUGAUGAUGAGUUGUGCUUUGGCCACAGAGAGGGUGAGAAGAGAUGUCUGAUCAUGCUUAAUAAUGUCACCAAAAACCAAGUGGCCUUCAAGGUGCGGACCACAGCCCCAGAGAAGUACAGGGUGAAGCCCAGCAAUAGCAGCUGUGGGGCGGGCAAGAGUAUGGAAAUCACUGUGUCCCUGCAUGGAGGGUCCCUGUGCUCUCCUCAGGACCGCUUCUUAAUCAUGGCUGCUGAGAUGGAGCCAUGUAGCGGUGGGGGGAGCACAGACCUCGCCCACUUCUGGAAGGGUGUCCCAAAGGCUAAAAUAAUGGAGCACAGGCUGCGGUGUCGAAUGCUAGAGGGCAUAAAGUCGGCACUCAGCCCUGUGACUGACAGGUCUCACAAAAUGGAGACCAAUGGCUACCAAGACAUGCACACCACGCUCCUUCAGUUGAUGGCCAGCAGCUCCAGGCUGGAACAGAAGAUGGACCACUGCCUGUGGUGGCAGAAGCUCUUGACUGUACUGGUGACUGCACUGAUGGCCUUGGGCUUCUCUGCCCUCUACACUGGGGAGUGGCCAUUUUGAAACUUUCCCACAGUGGAGGAAAAAGACAGAAGGACCAGUCACAGUGGAGUCAGGAUGAAAGUCGAUUUCUGAUUGGAGCAGAAAUAUGAGGAACUGCUCGCAAUCCACUCUAUGACCUUUAGACACUGAAUAUAAUUAUAUUUCCACACUGAAUAUAAUUAUAUUUCCACACUAUCAGGUUGGAAUAAUACUGUGAAAUUAUGAAAGUAAUUAUAAUGCCCUUUUAGUGUAAGAGCUGUUUGAGAGGGUGAUGGAUCGAAGGGAUCUAGCUUUUGUCAAGUUAACGUCUGACUUGACUUUUCGUAGCAGGUUAGGAGAAUUUGGUUAKGGUUGGCAACUUUUUACAUUAAUUUGACAAAAGAUGGAGCCCUUCUCGCCAUGAACGUUUUGAUGGUAUGGGGUUUUGGCCUGCCUGGUGACAUCACCAGGCCGUAAAUGAUUUAAUAGACCAAUAAGAAAGAGGGUUGCAAACCUCU